UAUUUAUAAAUAUAUAUAUUCACAUAAUUAGUAAAUAAUUAUUCAACGUGUGGCGUUUAAGCAGCGUUAGCGGCUUAAUAACAUUUAGUUAGCAUGGAGUGCUGUUUAUCAGAAGAGGCAAAGGAACAGAAGCGUAUCAAUCAGGAAAUUGAACGACAGCUGCGUCGUGAUAAACGAGAUGCGCGAAGAGAAUUGAAAUUACUGCUAUUAGGUACUGGUGAAUCCGGUAAAUCCACAUUCAUCAAACAGAUGCGUAUUAUUCACGGCAGCGGUUAUUCAGACGAUGAUAAACGUGGCUAUAUUAAAUUAGUGUUUCAAAAUAUAUUCAUGGCAAUGCAGUCGAUGAUUAAAGCUAUGGAUAUGUUAAGUAUAUCAUAUGGUGUUGCCGAUCAUGCGGAACUUGGUGAACUUGUUAUGAGCAUUGAUUAUGAAUCAGUAACAACAUUUGAAGAUCCAUAUUUGUCAGCCAUUAAAACAUUAUGGGCCGAUGCUGGCAUUCAAGAAUGCUACGAUCGACGAAGAGAAUAUCAAUUAACAGAUUCAGCUAAAUAUUAUAUAAGUGAUAUACCACGUAUUGAACAACCAGACUAUUUGCCAACUGAACAAGAUAUUUUACGUGCUCGUGUACCGACUACAGGUAUCUUGGAAUAUCCAUUCGAUUUGGAUGGCAUUGUAUUUAGAAUGGUAGACGUAGGCGGUCAGCGUUCGGAGAGAAGAAAAUGGAUUCAUUGUUUUGAAAAUGUAACAUCAAUCAUAUUUUUAGUGGCCCUUUCGGAAUAUGAUCAAAUUUUAUUCGAAUCUGAUAAUGAGAAUCGUAUGGAAGAAUCAAAAGCUUUAUUUAGAACUAUUAUUACGUAUCCUUGGUUCCAGAAUUCAUCAGUAAUUCUUUUCUUAAAUAAGAAAGACUUGUUAGAAGAAAAAAUUAUGUAUUCGCAUUUGGUAGAUUAUUUUCCUGAAUAUGAUGGUCCACAAAGAGAUGCCAUAGCCGCCCGUGAAUUUAUAUUACGUAUGUUUGUGGACUUAAAUCCAGAUUCGGAGAAAAUUAUAUAUUCUCAUUUUACAUGUGCUACAGAUACGGAAAAUAUACGAUUUGUGUUUGCAGCUGUUAAGGAUACAAUUCUUCAAUCAAAUCUAAAGGAAUAUAAUUUAGUCUAAAACGGGUCAUUAUUUAGACACAGCAACCACACAACAACAACAACA